AUGCUCAGAACCAAGAAGUGUGUCAACUCUUACGCUAACUUUUGGCACAACUUACCACAGGUCCAGACCACUCUGUCUGUCGUGGAGGAAGAGCGCGAUCGCUUCAUGACCAAGCUGCUGAACGAAGAGAAGGCCAGGAAAGAGCUGGAAGGUAUGUCAAGCACUUUAUCCCAGCAACUAGAGUUUGAAAUGCAUCACUCCCUUUUCUCUCUCAACACUAUCAACUUGUUAUCGCCACAGAACAAUAUCAGCAGCUGGAGCAUGACAUCUUGUUGGUGAAAAGUGACAGGAACCACCUGGAGAACCAGUACAACACCCUGCAGCAGAAGAACGAGAUCAUGACCGAGAUGUACCAGCAGAAGGAGAAUGCUUUGCAGCAGUAAGUAGAACCAGAAGCAGUUCAGUUCAUGCGUUAAUACCGUUGUAGGGUUUGUUCUCAGUGGCACCACAGCAUGUAAAAAACAUUGUUCAAUGUCUUUUACUGUAUUCUUUUAUUGUGAAGUUUGAGGUUUUCAAAUGCACUUUAAAUUGAGAGUUUGAUUUAAUUUGUGUGUCACCUUUCAGGAAGCUGACCAAGGAGGAGUUUGAGCGCCGCAACAAGAAAGACAUGCUGACGGAGGUGGACGGCAAGGCCCUAGAGGCCGAGGAGGAGGUCAAGGUGUAUAGGCAGCGCAUCAAAGAGAUCCAGGACGAGCUGAAACGGACCGAGAAGUCCUACAAAGCCCAGAUGAUUGAGCAGGAGCAGAAAUCCCACGAGAGCUGGGUAUGUACAGUACAACUUUAUUAGUCCAUUUGUUACAGAAACAAUGGAAAUGUGUCUUUUUCUCAUUUCUCAACCCCCACCGAUGGCACAUACAGUAGGACAAGAACAUUUUUUUAAGUCUACUGUUUGGCCAGUAAAUUGUAAGGUGAAUUUAGUCCAAAACAGGAGAUUUUAAAUGUCUCUCUUUCUUCUCUCUAGGUGAUUGCACGUGCUGCUGAGCGAGCUCUGUUGGACGAGAAGAAGGAAAGAACUAACCUUCGUAACAAGUGAGUGCAACACUAAUACAACAGACUCAAUUGGGCUAUACCAAUGCAGGGCUCUAGGCUUAUUCAGUUGAUGGCACCAGCACAUGAUUUGGUCGCACCAAUUUUUCGCCACUGCACAGAGAUGGUGACCUGACCUGUGUCCCAUAAUGUACCUGCAUUCCAUACAGAACCAGGCUAAUAAUGACUAGCCAUCUUUUAAAUUAGCAUGCCCUUGUGUUCCUACAUUGAUUUGGAUAUAUUUACUCAGGGUUCAACGUGAACUGUUUUAUAAAUGCAUUGGGAAGCAUGCUUUCUCUCUAUAUUCAGCUAGUAAUAGGCUACAUUUGGAUAUUAAUUAAUGAUGUAUUAAAAAGCUGUAUGAUAUAAUUUUGCAAUGUAAGACAUUAUUCUAUUCGUUAGAAUUGCAUUGCAUUAAUUGCAGAAUUUUGUUUCUAAAGUAGGCCUGUCUUUUAAAUAUUUUUUUACAUCUCAAAAUAGGACAUUGUCCCUUUAAGACAGACUGCUUUUCAAAGGAGAGGUCAAUAUGUCUACAGUAGGCCAGCCAAGAGGAAUGCUAGUUUUCUUUUUGUACACUAUCAACAGUAGCCAGUAUAAGAAAAAAUAAUAAUCCUGUGACAAGUAAGACAACUGAGAUGGUAGUCUAGGAUUGAAAAAGUAAGAUAUUUCAUCUAACAUAUCCAGGGAAUGCAUGGUUGGUAUUUUGAUGUGCAACCUGUCGAAAUAGAAUCCAAAAUGAUCCGAUUUAUUUUUGGACAACUUUGUGCAUAUUGGCCUAGGCUAUAUUAUUCACCACCUGAGGAUGUGGGAACUCAAAACACUUAUCUAGAUUGCUAACUCUAAAUAUGAUAAUGUUACUAGAUAGCCAAUGUAGGCUAAUUCAUUAAUAUAUUAGCGAAUGUAAUGUCCUACAAAAACCUUCCAGCUCUAGGCCUAUACAGGCUACUUGAUGUAGCCUUAUUCACCGCAAAUGGCGCGCUCCGCGGCGCAUCAAAACCAUAUACUACAUAGCCUACUCCAGUUGUAAAGUGGUGCCAUGAACUCCAUAUUGAGAGGUGAGAAAUGUAAUUAUAUACUCACAGAAAGCAGUGACUCUCCUCUCUGUAACUAGAACAACAGUAGUUGCUUUGCAAACUGUAUUUUUCCCGCAAUUGCAUUUUAAGCAACGGUCAUAUGGUUGUGCUUAUUAGAAUGCACCUCUCACCUAUUGCUCACUCAAAAUGGGGACAGGCAGAUCCGUUCAUAUGGUCUAUUUUUGGUCAAUUGCACAAUCAUAAUAAUAAAGAAAAAAUAAGCAAAUUGUGAACCAAAAACUAACGUGACCGGCUAAAAAAGAUUCACUGGCACCCUAGCAACCAAUUUAAAAUUGGUCGCACUGCCAAGUCAAAGGGUCGCAAAUGCAAGUGUUUUGGUCGCAGUUUUGAGCCCUGAAAUGCAGUAAGCUAUAUUAGUCUAGGUUUGGAGGUACAGUAUUGAGAAGCUAAAUGCCUGUUCUCUUUUUUACCCUAGACUGACUGACAUGUCCAGCAAGCUGAAUGAGCUCCGUAGGCCUCUGUUCAAGCCCACCCCUGGGAUGGCUCCCAUGCCUCUCCGACGAGGUAAGAACCAAUCCUCAGAGUUCCCUUUGUUAUUUCGUGCUGGCGACUGGCACGUCUGUGGCGCAUUCAGUAAGGCAAAAUCAUCAGAAUAUAACUUGCAGAUAGAAAUGAAAUGAAUAGGGCUGAAAUGACUCUAUUCUUGAAGACAGAGAAUCAUAUAUUUAUAUCUGAACGUUCUGUAACGUUCCUGAACUGCCCACUGUGUUUCAUACCUGGCAGGGCUAAUUUCUAUUGUCUUGUCGGUUGGAUUUCAGCUGUGACUGCAUUUCAGAUUAGUUCUUGGAUGUUUUGACUGUCUGAUACCCCAUCUGCUGUUUGAUCUCUACUUUCUGAAAUGCAUGUUUUCCUGAUGUUUUGAUUUGAAUUCCUUGAAGCUGGUCCAAUGUGGAGAGACUGACAGCGGUAUUUGGCUGUGUGGUGUUGGUUGUGUGUUUUGUUGUUUUAAAGGUUGUUAAAUGCUUUUGCUAAACAGGUGAUUCGUACGGGCCCUCACCUGUGAGUGGCGGUGCCCCGUCCCCCCCUCUCAUGAUAGAGGGUCCCGGGCGCCCCCCCUCUGCCCCCGUGGGGCGAAGGAACGAGCUCUACGGUGAGACUCCUGAACCCCCGCCCCGGACAGCCUUGGCCCUUCUGAUUGGCCGAGCAGUACCAUCCCUCAGCCAAUCAAACCCCUCCUUGUUCACCCUUGUAUGCCCCGACUCGCUGCUCUCUUUUUCACCUUUCCUUUUUCCCUUUCUUCACCUCCCCUGUGGUGUUUCAAUCAUUUCCCUUCCUUAUUUUUCUUCCUACUGCUCUCAUCCUGCUCCUAGUUGGUACCCACCUCUGACCUUUUCCUCUUCCUUUUUUUUGUCUUCUGAUUACUUCCUUUUUGAUUUUCUAUGACAUUCUUUCAUGUCUCUUUCACUGCCAUCUUUUAUCCCUCUACUGCCAUACCCAUCUUUCUCACCUGUGUUUGAGUGUCCAGAUGAUCCAGAAUGUUCCCAUGCCUUCAUUUGCUUUCACAAUUUGGAAUAACGCCUCUUGCUCUUCCAGUACUAUGGUGUUGUUUUUGUUGUGUUCAGCUGUUGUGAGAUCAUAUGUAAGGGGCAACUCGUUAGGUUACAAAAGCUUUAGCCUUUGCUUUAUUUUUUUAAACCAUAUGAGAUGUGGUAUUAAUAUUUAUCCGCAAGUGUUCUAGUUCUAGAAGAGUAAUAUCCUACCAUGACAUGACCAAACAUUUUCCUCGGACUGCAAAUAGACCAGACUUUGCUAUAAAUAGAUGGUAGCAUGAACCAGCAACGUGGUCUAGAGUCAGGUGUCUAAUGACAACCAGGAGAGCCAAGAUUAGCAUUCGAGAAGAUGAGAAUAUGGCAUCACCGUGUAUUUUGUGUCCAAUAGGACCACGACCUCCAUCUGACCCUCACGGCCGUUACCCUCCUGACCACAAACACCCAGUGGCUGCUAGACCUGGUAGAGAUUAUAUUUGUAGUCACUGAGGGUUGAUGUAGUAUUAUUCCCUAAUUGUGCCCUUAUCCUAAAUCUCCUCUAAUCAUUCUGCCCUUUGCUCCUCCACAGACACAAUGGCCCCACGUACAUCCUCACUAAGCAAUCUGGACUGCUCGGUAAGUUUCAGUCAAUUUCCACAGCUUAUUUGUUUCCUUAUUACGUAACCAUGUCAGGAGGGAAAAAGUGACAUGGAACUAGAGAAGGAAAGUUUCAAUGAAACCCCUUCAGUACUUACUGUGGUGUGUGCAUCUCUCCCCCCUGUUCCUCCAUCAUGUGGGUGUGUUUGCACUAAAGCAGACCACUCCACUAGAGGCAGAGUCACAGGCUGAGGCCCAGGCCUCCACAGAGAACCCAGAGGCAGUGAGUAUUAUGUUCCAGGCAGCGGUGGCAGGGAUUGCGGAUGUGUGUGUGAGCAUGCUUACCCCAGCUGUGGAUCAGUGGCUGGAGUGGCAGGCAGCUGGGUAGUGGCUUCACAUGGUUGUCAGACUUAACAUUGCUGGCUGGAUUCUGACAUGCGUAGUUACUUGUCUUAAGGCGCUUACAGACGGGCCUCGGUAAACGGCAAUUGAACCUCGAGAAAAUCCUGUAGAGACCAGCGGUCCCCGGUUGUUGUCAGUUCGAAGGUUGUCAUUAAAACAUUGUUUGAUUGGUUGGCAAGAUGAACUCUGCUCAUUGGUCACGCAUGUGCCGCUCAAGACUUCAGCUAAUUUAAUAUUUUGAAGCCUUGAGUGCCGAGCCAGCGGCGCCGCUCACUGGAGUGAGUACCACGACCCGAGCCACUAGCAAAACUGCUUGCGUUUUGCCGCUCUACUCCCAUUUGAAGUCUGAUACCUUCGCCGCUUACCGCGGCCCGUCUGUAAGCGCUUUUACAUGUUCCUUACAUUAAGACACCCUCCCUCUGACCCCCACUGAGUGAAAUGGUGGCACUGUUCUACAAAGCCUUAACUUCAGCACAACUACAUGAUGGAUAUCUCAAAUCGUUAUAAUUUAAAGCUGUGUGUGUGUUGAGGUAAUGCUUUGUGAAAACGGUCUGAUUCCGAAAUCGGGUGUUUGGGAACUCUGUGUAAACUUGAUAUUGUGGGUUAUUGUUGUCUUUCUCAAUGUGAAUGAUUGUGUUUGUUUUGUUCAACCUAACGAAACGUUUGAAUCACAUGAACGGGGUCUUCACUGUUGGUUGGCAGGCAACAGGGCUACAAGCACAUGGACAUAUUGCUAUUCUUCGUUUAAUUUUGUGUUCCUCCAGAUCUCUCGACCUCAGGGUCCUUGGUCCCUCUUGUCUAUCCCAUCAGCUCCCCCCCGACUAAGGCCCCGGCCCCUCGAACAAUCAUCAGCUAUCCCUCUGGAACUCUGCUACCGUCCCCUCCCGGCCCCGGCCCCGACCACAUCCCUCCUCCCCCACCCCACCCUUCAUGCCCCCGCUGUACCGACCAGAAACACGGACACUCAGGCAUGGCCCCCCGGACCCCCGACCAUGUCCAGCAAGCUGAAUGAGCUCCGUAGGCCUCUGUUCAAGCCCACCCCUGGGAUGGCUCCCAUGCCUCUCCGACGAGGUAAGAACCAAUCCUCAGAGUUCCCUUUGUUAUUUCGUGCUGGCGACUGGCACGUCUGUGGCGCAUUCAGUAAGGCAAAAUCAUCAGAAUAUAACUUGCAGAUAGAAAUGAAAUGAAUAGGGCUGAAAUGACUCUAUUCUUGAAGACAGAGAAUCAUAUAUUUAUAUCUGAACGUUCUGUAACGUUCCUGAACUGCCCACUGUGUUUCAUACCUGGCAGGGCUAAUUUCUAUUGUCUUGUCGGUUGGAUUUCAGCUGUGACUGCAUUUCAGAUUAGUUCUUGGAUGUUUUGACUGUCUGAUACCCCAUCUGCUGUUUGAUCUCUACUUUCUGAAAUGCAUGUUUUCCUGAUGUUUUGAUUUGAAUUCCUUGAAGCUGGUCCAAUGUGGAGAGACUGACAGCGGUAUUUGGCUGUGUGGUGUUGGUUGUGUGUGUUGUUGUUUUAAAGGUUGUUAAAUGCUUUUGCUAAACAGGUGAUUCGUACGGGCCCUCACCUGUGAGUGGCGGUGCCCCGUCCCCCCCUCUCAUGAUAGAGGGUCCCGGGCGCCCCCCCUCUGCCCCCGUGGGGCGAAGGAACGAGCUCUACGGUGAGACUCCUGAACCCUCGCCCCGGACAGCCUUGGCCCUUCUGAUUGGCCGAGCAGUACCAUCCCUCAGCCAAUCAAACCCCUCCUUGUUCACCCUUGUAUGCCCCGACUCGCUGCUCUCUUUUUCACCUUUCCUUUUUCCCUUUCUUCACCUCCCCUGUGGUGUUUCAAUCAUUUCCCUUCCUUAUUUUUCUUCCUACUGCUCUCAUCCUGCUCCUAGUUGGUACCCACCUCUGACCUUUUCCUCUUCCUUUUUUUUGUCUUCUGAUUACUUCCUUUUUGAUUUUCUAUGACAUUCUUUCAUGUCUCUUUCACUGCCAUCUUUUAUCCCUCUACUGCCAUACCCAUCUUUCUCACCUGUGUUUGAGUGUCCAGAUGAUCCAGAAUGUUCCCAUGCCUUCAUUUGCUUUCACAAUUUGGAAUAACGCCUCUUGCUCUUCCAGUACUAUGGUGUUGUUUUUGUUGUGUUCAGCUGUUGUGAGAUCAUAUGUAAGGGGCAACUCGUUAGGUUACAAAAGCUUUAGCCUUUGCUUUAUUUUUUUAAACCAUAUGAGAUGUGGUAUUAAUAUUUAUCCGCAAGUGUUCUAGUUCUAGAAGAGUAAUAUCCUACCAUGACAUGACCAAACAUUUUCCUCGGACUGCAAAUAGACCAGACUUUGCUAUAAAUAGAUGGUAGCAUGAACCAGCAACGUGGUCUAGAGUCAGGUGUCUAAUGACAACCAGGAGAGCCAAGAUUAGCAUUCGAGAAGAUGAGAAUAUGGCAUCACCGUGUAUUUUGUGUCCAAUAGGACCACGACCUCCAUCUGACCCUCACGGCCGUUACCCUCCUGACCACAAACACCCAGUGGCUGCUAGACCUGGUAGAGAUUAUAUUUGUAGUCACUGAGGGUUGAUGUAGUAUUAUUCCCUAAUUGUGCCCUUAUCCUAAAUCUCCUCUAAUCAUUCUGCCCUUUGCUCCUCCACAGACACAAUGGCCCCACGUACAUCCUCACUAAGCAAUCUGGACUGCUCGGUAAGUUUCAGUCAAUUUCCACAGCUUAUUUGUUUCCUUAUUACGUAACCAUGUCAGGAGGGAAAAAGUGACAUGGAACUAGAGAAGGAAAGUUUCAAUGAAACCCCUUCAGUACUUACUGUGGUGUGUGCAUCUCUCCCCCCUGUUCCUCCAUCAUGUGGGUGUGUUUGCACUAAAGCAGACCACUCCACUAGAGUCAGAGUCACAGGCUGAGGCCCAGGCCUCCACAGAGAACCCAGAGGCAGUGAGUAUUAUGUUCCAGGCAGCGGUGGCAAGGAUUGCGGAUGUGUGUGUGAGCAUGCUUACCCCAGCUGUGGUUCAGUGGCUGGAGUGGCAGGCAGCUGGGUAGUGGCUUCACAUGGUUGUCAGACUUAACAUUGCUGGCUGGAUUCUGACAUGCGUAGUUACUUGUCUUAAGGCGCUUACAGACGGGCCUCGGUAAACGGCAAUUGAACCUCGAGAAAAUCUUGUAGAGACCAGCGGUCCCCGGUUGUUGUCAGUUCGAAGGUUGUCAUUAAAACAUUGUUUGAUUGGUUGGCAAGAUGAACUCUGCUCAUUGGUCAACCAUGUGCCGCUCAAGACUUCAGCUAAUUUAAUAUUUUGAAGCCUUGAGUGCCGAGCCAGCGGCGCCGCUCACUGGAGUGAGUACCACGACCCGAGCCACUAGCAAAACUGCUUGCGUUUUGCCGCUCUACUCCCAUUUGAAGUCUGAUACCUUCGCCGCUUACCGCGGCCCGUCUGUAAGCGCUUUUACAUGUUCCUUACAUUAAGACACCCUCCCUCUGACCCCCACUGAGUGAAAUGGUGGCACUGUUCUACAAAGCCUUAACUUCAGCACAACUACAUGAUGGAUAUCUCAAAUGUGUUAUCAUUUAAAGCUGUGUGUGUGUUUGAGGUUAAUGCUUUGUGGAAACGGUCCUGAUUCCGAAAUCAGUGUGAUUCUUGUGGAACUGUGUAACUUGACUUAUUGUGGGUUAUUGUUGUCUUUCUCACAUGUGCAUGAUUGUGUUUGUUUUGUUCUAACCUAACGAAACUGUUUGAAUCACAUGAAAGGGGUCUUCACUGUUGGUGCCAGCAACAGGGCUACAAGCACAAUGGACAUAUUGCUAUUCUUCGUUUUAAUGUUUCUUGUUUGUUGUUCCUCCAGAACUCUCGACCUCAGGGUCCUGGCUCCCUCCUGGUCUCUCCCAUCAGCUCCCCCCCCGACUCAGGCCCCGGCCCCCUCAGACCAAUCAUCAGCUAUCCCUCCGGACUCUGCUACCGUCCCCCUCCCGGCCCCGGCCCCCACCACAUCCCUCCUCCCCCACCCCCACCCUUCAUGCCUCCCGUGUACCGACCAGACAACGGACACUCAGGCAUGAUGCCUCCCGGACCCCCACCGCCUAAUGGACACCCGCCUGGUCCCAUGAUCCCACCCGAAUAUCGGCCUCCACCACCUGGUGCUUACAGUCCCCCUUCCCCACACCACCGGGGCCCUCCUCCACCUUCUCACUAUGGACCGGUGCCUCCCCCAUUCGGUAGGUGGUGAAUUCUGGCCCCCAGCUUUUACCUCAAGUUGACUCUUUGCUAUUAGUAUUUCAGUUGUGGUUAGUAAUGCUAUUGUUAUGUUGGUACUAUGGUAUUAUAUUUGUUUUCCCUUCUACCUAGGUGUUUCCAGCGGCACUCCUAUGGCCCGACCCAUGGGACCCCCACGUACCUACGUGCACUAUGGACCACGUGAUCAUUCCAUCCCACCCCAGCACCUGCCCCCUUGGGCGGCCCCAUACCCUCCUCACGGCGGCCCCAGAGACUUCCCUGGGCAGCCCCCCAUGCAGCCACAGGCCCCCCAUGGCCAUGACUCUUCUGUGGGCCCCCAGCCCGGCAUUGGCUCCCAGGGCCAGGGGCAAGACUACAGCUCCCAGCAGGCAACAGCUGCCCCCCAGGACUCAGUCAGCUCUGCCAUGGCAGAGCCUUAG